CACCUUUAAACCUCAGAAGAAGGGCUGAGAGGAGAGUGGAUCCAGCGUCCAAGGUCUGUUUGAGGGUGAAUGGGGUGACAGCAGAAGAGAGGGUAAUGGACUAGUACAGGGUGACAGGCUGCCAGGGAGCCGAGAGGAGGACAGGUGCUAUUGGAGCUUUAGCUGCUAGCGGAACGCUAUUAGUGUGGGAUGUUACGCUGGACAACCCACCUGGAAGGAGGGCCGCGGAGGGUGAACCAUGCUGCUGUCUCCGUGGGACACAAGGUGUUCUCCUUCGGAGGGUACUGCUCUGGAGAGGACUACGAGACGCUGAGACAGAUAGAUGUACACAUCUUUAACACAGUUUCUCUGCGGUGGAUGAAGUUGCCUCCAGUGAGAACAGGUGGUAGAGAACAUGCCAGGGAUGUCCCCUACAUGCGUUACGGUCACACAGCCGUGCUGCUGGACGAUACCAUCUACAUCUGGGGGGGUCGUAACGACACGGAGGGGGCCUGCAACGUCCUCUAUGCCUUUGACAUCAACAACCACCGGUGGUUCAUCCCUAAGAUUUCUGGAAUGGUUCCGGGGGCGAGAGAUGGCCACUCUGCCUGCAUCCUGGGGAAGGCCAUGUACAUCUUUGGAGGAUACGAGCAGCUGGCUGACUGCUUCUCCAAUGACAUCCACAAGCUGGACACCACAACCAUGGCCUGGUCACUAAUCAAUACAAGGGGUACUCCAGCUCGUUGGAGGGACUUCCACUCUGCCACCAUCAUUGGCACCAAGAUGUUUGUGUUUGGAGGCAGAGCAGAUCGCUUCGGUCCGUUCCACUCUAAUAAUGAGAUCUACUGCAACAAGAUAAAGGUGUUUGAUACAGAGACCAACAGCUGGCUGAACACUGCUACUGCUCAGCUCCCACCAGAGGGACGACGUAGCCACUCAGCCUUUUCCUGUAACGGGGAGCUGUAUAUAUUCGGGGGCUACAACGCUCAUCUGGACCGACACUUCAACGACCUUUGGAAGUUCAACCCAGAGACGUUUUCGUGGAAGAAGGUAGAGCCGCAGGGUAAAGGUCCGUGCCCCAGGAGGAGACAGUGCUGUUGCAUGGUGGGAGAUCGGAUCAUCCUGUUUGGAGGAACCAGCCCAUGUCCAGAACAGGGGAUGGGAGAUGAGUUUAACCUCAUGGAUCAUUCUGACCUCUACAUACUAGACUUCAGUCCUAAUCUGAAGACAUUAUGCCAGCUAGCUGUUAUUAACUACAGUCUUGACCAGGGUGGUCUACCACACGACAUCAGGUGGGAGCUGAACGCCAUGACCACCAACAGUAACAUCAGCAGACCUAUCUUCUCCUCUCAUGGCUAAACUGACCCAGAACACCAGGGCUGAACUGACCUCAAAACUACCACAAUACCAGAACACCAGGGCUGAACUGACCCAGAGCUACCACAGUACCAGAACACCAGGGCUGAACUGACCCAGAGCUAGCUGGCUGUCAUAGUACCAGAAGAUGAUCCACCGUCUGAGCUGGCCUUUGACGCUACUAGAACCUGGCAGAGAACCCUACGGUCUGGCCUUAACCAAGUGCACUUAGCUCCAGCAGUAUCAGGGCUGACUCCACCAGAACCUUAACGCUCUGAAGUCCUGUCAGUAAAACCAGGUUUCUGGUUGUCCUAGGUCUGGUUCUCUACCUGCCAGGGCUGUUUAUAUCUACUGGACCUGAAGACCUGGAGGCUGUCUGCCUGUAUGUUUUUACAGUAACAUUUUGAUCUGGUCUGAAUUGGAGUUUUCUUCUUCCUUGGUUUGUCUAUCUAUCGCUCUCUCUCUCUCUCUCGCUUCUCUUGUUGUCCUC